AUGCCAUACUCGCUGAUGCUGUGCAGUGGCGGCAGCCGUCUCAUUGCUUCAGCGAACCAAAAGGCUCCCGGAGGUCCGCGGACUUCGCGCGGAUCUUCUUCCAUCAACUUGCCCAUCGCCAUUACCAACAAGUACAGAGUGAACCACGGAGUGUCCAUUUGUCGGGUGCGCGAGGACUGGCUCUGGAACAGCAAUGUCAUGUUGUCUGUAAACGUCCGUUGA